AUGAGGGUUAACUUGGGCGCGCUCUCCCUCUUCGUGGCCCUGGUGGGACUUUCGAGCUUCAUCUUCCUCGUGGUGGCCAUCGCGACCGACUUCUGGUACAUCAUCGAUGCCUCCAAGCUGGAGGCGUCCCGGAACGGCACGGACGCGCUCAGCUCGCACUCGGGGCUCUGGCGGACCUGCCGCGUGAGGAGUGAAUGUUACCCUUUGAUAAACCCCUUCUGGCACGAGAAUGCGAACAUCACCGAUUCACACAAACAGCUUUUGUACAUGCAUGGAACAUUUGUCAUCCUGAUGCCCCUCAGCCUGAUACUGAUGAUUUUUGGAGGAAUGACUGGAUUCAUCAGUAUUCUUGCCAGGGCCUACCUACUGCUCCUAAUGACAGGACUGCUUUUCCUUUUUGGAGCUCUUGUUACCCUUACAGGAAUCAGUGUCUAUAUUGCAUAUUCAGCCGCUGCCUUCCAAGAAGCUGUUUGCCUCCUGAGGAGCAAGGAUCUCCUGGUGGAAAUCGAUAUCAGGUUUGGCUGGUCCCUGGCACUAGUCUGGAUCUCCUUUGUGGCAGAAGUGCUCACUGGGGCCGUGUUCCUCCUGGCAGCAAGAGUGGUGGGUCUGAAACGGCAUCGUGAACAGGCUUUAUGAGCAACAGGUGCCUUUGCAACAACAGAGCCCUGCAGAGCCUGAUAAUUUGGAUUAUUUGGUCCAUCUGGCCACUAGGGGUAAUGAGAGUGGCAAGGUUUAGCAUCUUGUGAGCUGUUGUAAGCCUUUUUCCUCACAGGUGGCUAUAAAACACAAAGAUUCUGGUAAAUCAGUGAAACAUUCCAGGUGGUGUCAAUUAGGAAACUCUUGUGUCCUUAGAAGAAAGUGCAUUGCAGUGUUUGUAUUCCCAGAAUAAGUUCAGCUGGCAGCUCAUCAGACAUCUCCAUUCAUUGCUUAGAACAAGGCAGAUCUCUUGCUUUCUUUUCUCUUUUCUGCUGUCUCAGCAAAGUGCCUCAGAGUACCUUGCAGGCCAGAUUUUGGGUUCUCCUGAGAGUUCUAAGAAGGACGUGGAGCUGUUGGAUUGAGUCCAGAGGAGGCCAUGAAGAUUCUCAGAGGACUCAGCACCUCUGCUCUGGAGAUGGACUGAGAGAGCUAGGGCUGUUCAGCUUGGACAAGAGGAGACUCUGAGGAGACCUUAAAGCCCUUCCCAAUGCCUAAAGGGGCUCCAGGAGAGCUGGACUUUGGACAGGGGUCUGGUGGUUGGAACUAGAUGAUAUGUCACAUCCUUACCCACCCAAACCAUUCCAGGAUCCUGCAGUCCAGCGGAUGGUAGUGGCUGUGAUGCUGAGGUUCUUGAGUGCGGUGCAGUGGUGAGUGCACUGCAAGAGGAGGAUACAGCUGUUUCCAGAUGUUUAACUGCUGGAGACAGCCCCAAUCUCUCAGUGAUCAGGCUACAUACUUCUCUCCUUCAGCUUAUUACUAACUGCUUUUUCAACUCUUCAAUGCAGAAGACAUAUCUGAUGGAUUUUCCAGUUUUCACUUUGCAGUUUUGUGAUGAUUGAUGCUUCUUUUUCACAAAGUUUGUGCACAUGCUUUGUGCUAGAAUGUUUAUCUUGUGCUGAAACUGCUGAGUAAACUGAUCAGGCAGGACACAUGAAUUUAAUUUUGGGUGCCAAGCAUUCUAGCUUUUCCUCUGGGUAGCAGCAUCUAAGAGAACAUUUACUUCAGUGCCCACUGAAGUUACUGAAGAAAAUUCCUCCUGACUGCUGUGCUGAAUAGAGACUGGAAUGUGAUAACAGCUUCACUACAUUUCUGUUAGAUCACGUAUUUCUGGAGGCCCUCAGCACACUGCAGUGCAGGACUGUGACUCAGGAGCUGUGUCAGGCACUCUCUGUCAUUGGGCAAGUCCCUAGUACACUCUCCAGCAGCACAAAGGGCAUCAUUCACCUACCUCUGUUAAACACCAGAACAAUUUUAUCAGUGUGCCCUGUGUUAAAGAUUGCACAUUCACUCUUACUGAGCUUGGCUCUAAUCUUGCUCCCAAAGUACCAAUUCUUUUGUGAAAAAAUCAUGGCAGGGAGCUCCUGAGAGCUGACAGUCUUUGGAGAUAUAAGGGAUCAUUUUAAUGCCAUGUUGUGAAUGAAGAACUGAGCCAGGAAACUUAUCCAAGGUCACAUGAAACCUGAGUUUCUGAAUCCUGGGCUAAGACUUUACUUGUCAGAUCUUGCUUGUUGUCAGAAUUAAAUAAGGCUCAAAAUCCUGAAUGGAGUGAGCAGAAGAAAUUCUGUGACUAGUCUGUAAUUUUGUAAUUCUUAGUUGCUCCAACAUUGGUUUUCAGGUGUUUUCUAUGUUGCCUUAUGUUGGGACCAUGUAUUUGAGUCAUUUUACAAGUUAAAGCAUACCAAAUCAGCUCUAUAAGAACUGUAAGAAAAAAUCCUUUGUAGUCAAAAUUCCAUGUGCUUAAGCGAAUUAUGUAAAAUUUAAUUCUCUGUUUUGGUGCUGGUG